AUGUUUGCUGAACAACCACUACUUCAUACUUCCCAUUCUUCUAACAUUCGAUUGCCUCCUAUUAAUAAAAGUCAUCGACGAAGACUUCGACCUCCACGAACCCCAUCCUAUCCUUCAGCAUCAAUUAAAACUGCUCACACUGCUGAAAAUGUAUCAGCAUUAAAAGCUAAAUACGCCGAAUAUACAACAUGGCUGAAAACCUCUACUCAAGAUAACCGGGAGCCAUUACUAACGCAAGAAUUAUUAAAAACUUCUCUUUGCCAAAUGGGUAUUGACUUAAAUCAAGCUGAACAACUCGUAUCGAAAUGUUCAUGGUAUGUGUAUCAAUUUCAAAAAAAUCUUACAAUAGAUCCUGCACAAAAACAUCGAAUGAUAGCAAUAGAAACUCGGAAAGCACAACAAUAUCAAAAUAAAUCAUCCACGACAAAAAACAAUGUUGAAGAAUCGACAACAAUAUUAAAUUCACUGGAUAAAGAUGAUUUUUCUUCUUCUUCGAAUUCACUUCCUCGACUACAUAAUAAGCAUUCUGUAUUACCUGGAAUUAAUUUUUCUAAUUUAUCAACAUCGUCACGUUCGCGACAUGUUGAUUUUGGUUAUGAAAAGACUAAAAAUUCUAUGCAUAACUCUCGAUCAUUACAUCCACCGUCAAAGUCAGUCAAAAGACGAACUUUAAAAAAACUUGAACCAAUAGCUACAGAACCAUUGAAUAACCAGAAAAUUCCUGCCAUUGACAAUGAUUCAUCGUCUCAAAGAAGUUUACGUCACGAUGGUUUAGUUCCUGGUAAUUUACGUUCAAUACUACGUAAACAAACGAUUUCAUCUCCAUCGGUUACAUCAACAGAUGUUAGCAGUCGAAAAAUGCGUAGCCGAGCUUUAACCCCAUCAUCAACGGUUUUAGAUGAUAUGCCAUUAGGAACGCGAUCGCGACGUCUAUUUGGCGGUAGUGAAUGUUUUGCUCAGAUAAUGAAUGAACUUGAACAACAGAAGAAAAAUGUCUAA